AUGAAUUCGAACACAUACCACACCGGGUUACCAAACCACCCGAAUUUUAGAUAUAGGAACCCGUCAAAUCAAUUUAACCCGAACUUUCAAGGAAACCAAGGAAAUUAUGCUCCUCACCAACAAUUUAAUAAUCAAGGUUUCCAAAGGCAAUUCCAACAACCAGGUAAUGAACAAAGUGGGUUUUUGGGUCAAGGUUCCUCGGGUGGAAAUGAGGUCAUGGAGAUGUUGAAAGCGAUGCAAAUGGAGAUGCAACGAAGAAAUCAGCUGGAUGAGGUUCGUAUGCAAAAACAUGAAAUCCGUGACAAAGCUAUUCAAUCGUUGACCACUCAAAUGGGUCAACUUGCGAGUGAAGUAGCAAUACUGAAGAAAGCAAAAGGCCAGCUACCGAGUGACACGGUGACAAAUCCCAAGAACAUAAAAAGCGUUAAUAUCAAUGUGGUAAGCACCGUUCCUAGUACCGAAUUUAAUGAAAAAUUUCUAACCUCUUCGUGUCAAAUAAAUACAGGUAUAGGGAAGGACACCGAUGGUGAGAAUGAUAAAGAACAUGGAGCACCAAUCGUGCUUAUCCGUGUGGGAAAAUUAAAAACCCCUCACGCAUUGUUGGACUACGGGGCGAGCAUGAGUGUAUUACAUGGUGAUCUAUAUGACAUGUAUGAUUUUGGUCCGCUCGAAGAUAUAGACACCAUGGUGAGUUUGGCGGAUAAGAGUUGGAGGCGUCCGCGAGGAGUGGUUAGGAAUGUCAUGAUUCGGUUGGGAGAAUUCAACUAUCCGGUGGAUUUUCUGGUCUUAGAUUAUGCCUCUACCAAAUUGGCAUCACAACAAAGGGUAAUUUUAGGUCGACCGUUUCUUUAUAUAGUAAAUGCUCAAAUCAACUGUAGAGACAGGGGUUAUUACUAUGACCGAAAAGAACCGUAA